ACUCCCUCCUCUCUCUCUCUCUGUCUCUCUCUCUCUAUUCCCUCGUAAUUCCAUCGUUUCGCCGGCGAUCUUCCGCCCCGGAUCGAGCCUCCGCCGCCGCUUGCCGCUGCCGCCACCACCACCCACCCAUGACUAUGAUGACUCCGCCCCCUCUCGACCAGGAGGACGAGGAGAUGCUGGUCCCGCACCAAGAGUUCCCCGAGGGACCCCAGCCCAUGGAAGUUAUACCGAAUGAGAUGGGCACCGCGCCGGAGAGUCAGCAAGUGGAGGAUCCACCUUCGUUCAAAUUUAGAUGGACCAUCGAGAACUUCUCCAGGUUGAACAUUAAGAAGCUUUACUCUGACAUUUUCUACGUCGGAGGAUACAAGUGGCGGGUGCUAAUUUUCCCCAAGGGAAAUAAUGUAGACCACUUGUCCAUAUACCUGGAUGUUGCUGAUUCAGCCACUUUGCCAUAUGGUUGGAGUAGAUAUGCACAGUUUGCACUCGCCGUCGUUAAUCAAAUUCACAGCAAGUACACAAUAAGAAAAGAUACGCAACACCAAUUUAAUUCACGUGAAAGUGACUGGGGAUUCACUUCAUUUAUGUCUCUGAGUGAACUCUAUGAUCCGAGUAGAGGAUAUCUUGUCAAUGAUACAUGUGUAAUUGAAGCUGAAGUUGUUGUCCGUAGGGUGGUAGACUACUGGAGUUAUGACUCGAAAAAGGAAACGGGCUUUGUUGGUCUUAAGAACCAAGGAGCUACUUGUUACAUGAACUCUCUUCUUCAGACUUUGUAUCAUAUUCCAUAUUUCAGAAAGGCUGUUUAUCAUAUGCCAACAACAGAGAAUGAUAUGCCAUCUGGAAGCAUUCCGUUGGCUCUGCAGAGCCUGUUCUAUAAGCUUCAGUACAGUGACAACAGUGUUGCUACAAAAGAGCUGACAAAGUCGUUUGGCUGGGACACAUAUGAUUCUUUUAUGCAACAUGACGUCCAGGAACUCAACAGGGUUCUUUGUGAAAAAUUGGAAGACAAGAUGAAGGGUACUGUUGUUGAGGGCACAAUCCAGCAUUUAUUUGAGGGACAUCAUAUGAACUAUAUUGAAUGCAUUAAUGUUGACUACAAAUCCACGAGAAAGGAGUCGUUCUAUGACCUACAGUUAGAUGUAAAGGGUUGUCGAGAUGUUUAUGCAUCAUUUGAUAAGUAUGUAGAAGUCGAGCGGCUGGAGGGUGAUAACAAAUAUCAUGCUGAAAAUCAUGGCUUACAGGAUGCUAAGAAAGGUGUUCUAUUUAUUGAUUUCCCCCCUGUUUUGCAACUCCAGCUCAAGCGUUUUGAAUACGAUUUCAUGCGGGAUACAAUGGUGAAGAUAAAUGACCGUUAUGAGUUCCCACUUCAGCUAGACCUCGAUAGUGACAAUGGCAAAUAUCUUUCUCCAGAAGCAGACAGGAGGGUUCGUAAUCUCUAUACUCUUCACAGUGUUCUUGUUCACAGUGGUGGGGUGCACGGAGGACAUUACUAUGCUUUCAUCCGACCAACUCUAUCGGAUCAGUGGUUUAAGUUCGAUGAUGAGCGAGUGACAAAGGAAGACGCUAAAAGGGCACUAGAGGAGCAGUAUGGUGGUGAAGAAGAGUUGCCUCAGACAAAUCCCGGCUUCAAUAACACUCCAUUUAAAUUUACCAAAUAUUCAAAUGCUUACAUGCUUGUGUACAUUCGUGAGAGCGACAAGGAGAAAAUUAUGUGUGAUGUGGAUGAGAAAGACAUAGCAGAGCACCUAAGAAUAAGAUUGAAGAAAGAACAAGAAGAGAAGGAGAACAAAAAGAAGGAGAAGGCUGAGGCUCAUCUUUAUACCAUCAUAAAGGUUGCUCGGAAUGAGGAUUUGGCAGAACAGAUUGGAAAGGAAAUAUUUUUCGAUCUAGUAGACCAUGACAAAGUUCGGAACUUUCGUGUCCAGAAACAACUGCCAUUCAGCCAUUUUAAGGAGGAAGUGGCCAAAGAAUUUGGUAUACCGGUGCAGUUUCAUCGCUUUUGGCUGUGGGCCAAGCGGCAAAACCACACAUACCGCCCCAAUCGGCCUUUAACACCUCAGGAGGAAGCACAGCCUGUUGGACAGCUUAGAGAGGUAUCAAAUAAGGCACAUAAUGCUGAACUGAAGCUAUUCUUGGAAGUAGAGCUGGGGCCGGAUCUUUGCCCUGUUCCUCCACCAUCAAAGACCAAGGAAGAGAUACUUCUUUUUUUCAAGCUCUAUGACCCUGAAAAAGAAGAACUGAGAUUUGUAGGAAGGCUGUUCCUGAAGUCUUUAGGAAAGCCAAUUGAAGUACUGACAAAAUUGAAUGAAAUGGCUGGUUUCCCUCCAAAUGAAGAAAUUGAACUUUAUGAGGAAAUAAAGUUUGAGCCAAAUGUAAUGUGUGAACACAUCGACAAGCGGAUCUCUUUUCGAUCUAGCCAGAUUGAAGAUGGAGACAUCAUUUGCUAUCAAAGAGCUUCAGCAUUAGGAAAUGAAGACCAAUAUCGGUACCCUGAUGUUCCUUCUUUCUUGGAGUACGUUCAUAAUCGCCAGGUUGUUCACUUCCGGUCAUUGGAGAAGCCAAAGGAGGAUGAUUUUUCUUUAGAAUUGUCAAAAAUGUUUACUUACGAUGAUGUUGUUGAAAGAGUUGCUCAUCAACUUGGAGUGGAUGAUCCAUCAAAAAUUCGUCUUACAUCACACAACUGCUAUUCUCAGCAGCCCAAACCCCAACCCAUCAAGUACCGAGGUGUGGAUCAUCUUUCGGACAUGCUGGUUCACUAUAACCAGACUUCUGAUAUAUUAUAUUAUGAGGUAUUGGAUAUUCCUCUGCCCGAAUUGCAAGGUUUAAAAACUCUAAAGGUUGCAUUCCACCAUGCCACAAAGGAUGAGGUUGCAGUUCACAGCAUCAGACUUCCAAAAAAUAGUACUGUAGCUGAUGUAAUUAAUGACCUGAGGACAAAGGUUGAGCUUUCUCAUCCUGAUGCUGAACUCAGGUUGCUUGAGGUCUUCUAUCACAAGAUCUAUAAGAUCUUUCCACCUGGUGAAAAGAUAGAAAAUAUUAAUGACCAAUAUUGGACUUUACGUGCAGAGGAGAUUCCAGAAGAGGAGAAAAACCUUAGUCCUCAUGAUCGUUUGAUUCAUGUUUACCACUUCACUAAAGAUCCUAAUCAGAAUCAAACGCAAGUUCAAAACUUUGGGGAGCCAUUCUUCAUGGUUAUUCGGGAAGGCGAGACUUUAGCUGAUGUAAAAAUACGCAUUCAAAAGAAACUGCAAGUUCCAGAAGAAGAUUUCUCAAAGUGGCAGUUAGCAUUUGUAGCACUUGGGCGCCCUGAAUACCUCCAGGAUUCAGAUAUAGUGUCCAAUAGAUUUCAGAGGAGAGACAUUUAUGGAGCCUGGGAGCAGUACCUUGGACUCGAGCACUCUGACACUGCUCCAAAAAGGGCUUAUACAGCUAAUCAGAACCGCCACACAUUUGAGAAGCCUGUGAAAAUUUACAAUUGAAAGGUGGCUCAUGGCUGGAUCUCCCAUGGCAUUCAAUCUGUCACCUCACUAUCGCAUGGACAGAUGAUGAAACUUGAGCUUUUAACCACAAAUGCACCAUGGUGAGGUGGAAUUAAGGGGAUUCACCACCAAGUUUAUUGUUGUGGUGUAAUAUGUGUGUCAACGUUAGCCAGGACCGACACGGGAGAAUAUGCUUGAUCACUAGCUCUCUCAAUGGCACCACCUCGUUUGAUAAGUUGUGGUUUUCUGAUCAGGCCCUCUGCCAGAUUUCCUUCUCUUUGAGCCCGUAUAAUUUAGUACAUGAGAUUUUGGACUAGAAGGGUAUAUAUAGGGAAUAGUUGGUGUCCUUGACAUUAUUAUUAUUAUUAUUAUUUUUUGGGUUUAUCCCUGCCUCGGGUAUGGCUCCAUAUUUUUCUUCCUUUAUCCUGGCCUAUAAAAACCUAGGGCUGUAAAAUGGGAUGGUUUGAUGUAACUGGCUGGCUUUCCGAGAGCACCGGAUCCUGUAAAAGAAAUGCCUGUGUUGGGAACUUAUCUUCAUAUAUUUCAAUCUUGUAUACAUUUUUUCGUGAUGAGAAUUUUGAGUGAACUUUCAGCA